AUGGGCACUGUGGUUCCCUUCUGCCACAGCAGUGACCAGCCCUCAGCCCUGCAGCAGCAAUUCUCGGAGUGGGAGUGCGGCUCAGCGGUGCCACAAGGCCCAGACCGAGGCUGGAUGUGCUGCCCAAAGGGCUGGAGAAGGUUUCAAGGAAGCUGCUAUUUCCUGUCCACUGACACCAUGAACUGUGCUGAGAGUGCAGAGAACUGCAUUGGGAUGGGCUCCCAGCUGGUGGUGAUCACCAGCCAGGCAGAGCAGAUGAGUGAAUUCCUCUCUGAGCAGAUAAGGCAAUCUAAAGAUCCGAAACGAGACAAUUCAUACAUUGGACUGUUUGCAGAGCAGGAGGGCCAGUGGCAGUGGGUGGACAAGACUCCCUACAAUGUGACAGCAGCGUUCUGGCCAAAAGGAGAACCAAGUGAAGGCUAUGAUGAGAAUUGCGUUAUAAUCUACAGGGAUACUGAACUACCCAACAACUGGAAUAGUGUCAGAUGUUUGAACUAUCAUCGAAUUUGUGAAGCUGCAGCAGUAACUGUGUGAUGGAAAUGCCCCUGACCUGAGUAAAGCUGGGAGCUCAGCAGGGAGCUGGGAACAGCUCUGGCUGUGCUGGCAAGGGUGGGGAGCUCUGGCACAUCUUCACUGUGUGGGGUGGGACCAUGUGUGUGGAAAUGAAAUGAGCUUUGUCCAGCAUCCCCAGUGCCUGUGCUGGCUCAGGGAACACAGGGAGGCUCAGACACUUUGGAGCAGCUCCUGUGUUCUUGUGUCCUCUUCUCUCUAUGUGGUUCCAGCAGCCUCUGGCUGAUAAGAGAUGGACUU